ACCACCACACAAACCCAGGCGAUGUCAUCCAAAAAAACAAAAGUAGAACUCAGAGAGUCCAAAAAAUCAAAGAAGGGCUCAAAACAACCCACUCAUGUAAGCAAGGAAUUGCAGGACGACAGCAUGAGCCAACUACUGGGCGUCACUAUAGCGGCCAUCAAUGCUACCAAAGACCUUGUGCCCAUCAAUACCGCGAAAGGCAUCCUUGGAACAAUUGCAAACAUUCUGACUCUCGUGCAGUCAGUAAUCAAGAACAAGUCUGAUUUCCAGGCGAUAGCCGACAAGUGCAAGACUAUCAGAGAAAUUCUUGAAAAUGCGACCAAGGAUGCUACCGAAGAUGAUUUACGGGGACACUUAGGGCAUGCAUUAACCCAGCUUAACAAGUCAGUAAACUGUAUUAACAGUGAUGUAGCAUCAUCGAAGGAGCAGGGAUUUUGGAGGAGGCUCUUCACUGUCAUGAUUGAUCGUGACAAGAUCGCUGCAUGGGAAAAGGAUUUAGAUCGCGUCCUUGGACUCUUCAAUUUUGAAGCGAUCACUGGCAUAGGGAUCAACAUGAAGUUUGUAAAGAAGGCUUUGGAACUCGUGAGCAAUGUUCCUAAUAUGAAUGCCCCAAAGAAUCGUCAAAUCAAGCCUCCAUCACAGCCUGCCAUGCUGUACGGUCGCGACGAUCUUGUGGCAGAGUUGACGAACCUUGUCAUCAAUGAUGAGCAUUUAGCGUUGAUCGGUCCUGGGGGUAUGGGAAAGAGUUCUGUGGUCAAAGCCAUCAUCAACGAACUGCUUGUCACGGCCAAAUUUGCUGUUAGGCGCUUCUUUGUGACUUACGAUGGCUUGGAUGCUUCAACCAUCACUUUUGAAACCUUUAUGACUCAUUUCGCGGGAGCCCUUGGCAUAGAGAUCGCUGGCACUGAUCCCAUACGCCAGAUAUCUACCUUUCUUGAUUCUGCCAGCGCCCUCAUUGUCCUCGAUAAUGCUGAAACCUUUGAAGAGGCCAGUGUAUUGUUGGCGCUUGGAGACAUACCGCCGGCCAUCGCUGAAAUUGCUAAUAUCCCUGGCGUCAUUCUGGUUCUCACAUCACGCAGUAGAAGGAAUGCACCAAACAUACAAUGGAUUACCAAGGAUAUUCUGCCACUGGACUUGAGCUCUGCUCAAGUGAUGUUCUUUCAAAUUUAUCAGUGCGCCAGUUGUAGCGAAGCCAAAGAAGACAUAAAAGGCCUGCUCAAAGAAUUAGAUUUUCACCCCCUUUCCAUCAAUAUACUCGCAAACGCUGCGCAACAAAAUGGCUGGUCUCCAACCACACUGCUCAAGAGAUGGAACGAUCGGCACAGCAAGGUGCUUGACGGCAGCAGGGGGAAGCUGCAAAGCUUGUCUGACACCAUGCAACUGUCGCUCAGCUUGCCGUCUGUCCGGAAUCUCGGUGAAGAUGGACUUCGUGCUUUAGCUAUCAUUGCCUUCUUGCCCCAGGGUCUGAAUGAGAACCUAGCUGGUCGUUUGUUGCCAUCGCUUCCGCAAGUUGACACUAUAUGCGAUGUUCUCUGCAUGCAAUCACUCGUUUAUCGUCAAAACAACUUUCUCAAGGUGCUCGCCCCCAUUCGGCAUUACGUGCGGGAUUCGUUGCAAGCACCUGACUCCACAUGUUUGCAAGAUAUACGUACCUUCUACUAUUGCACUGUCGCCUCCCGUUUGAAAGAACGUGAUCAGUAUGCUGAUAUCAUUAUCUCGGAUCACGUAAACAUCGAGCAUGUAGUUGCCUUCGACCUUGCCAAUAUCCCGAAUGACGCAGAAGAGACCUAUAACACUUGCUGGCAAUUUUUGGAAUUUUUGGAGCGGCAUCUUCCUCGCCUGACUACUCUUACCCCUGCUAUUUCCAACAUUGUUGAGAACUCUUCCACGUGGAUGUUAAAAUCAAACUGCUUGUUAACUCUUGCGUGGCUCUACAACACACUUUCUCAGCUUGUCGAAGCAUCACAGGCUUUCCAAGCAGCCGAGGCACUCUACCUCACUGCCGGCGACCUCGAGAUGAUGGGGGAUUGUCUUAUAACUCAUGCAGACUUACUGAGAUGUCAAGGUCGCUUUAUUCAGUCCCAGAAUCUCUUAGAGGGUCUUCAGGACUCCAAUUCUUGGGAGUCUCAGCGAAACAACGAAAGCCCGAGCUUGUUCACGGAAGACCGCAACUGGGGCUUGCCAUCCAAGAUUUGGCACUGGCGGGCCAAAUUUUGUCAUGGGGGAGACAUUGUCCAGGUGCACACCCACUUAGAGGACCUGUUCCUGCAAUGCACAAGUGUUGGAAAUGUCUUCAACUGCAGGGACGCACUUGAGGGGCUUGCAGAUAUAGCAUUUUGUGAAAGCAGGCUAUCCGACACAAUGGAUAACCUACAGACACUUGUAGGGAUUUUCGAGGGACAACAUUCCGACGAUGCCCUUCGGGCUACUGUGGGAAAGGCUGUUGUUGCAAGCAAACAAGGGAAUUGCGACCUUGCAAGGGAGCUCAUCCAGAAAGCCUUGGAAUCAUUCCCAUUAUUCGCACUGAGCAAUGCGCGCAUAUUCCUCCAGCAAUCUUAUGGCUCGGCAUGCAUCGAGCUCACUGCAGGCGAGUGGGGCCAGGGCUGA